AGAAGAAGGAGUAUGUGCGCCGGUAAAUUAGUUGACGUCACUUGUUAGUUUUCCGCGGGGUUUGAUGGUUGACAAGUUACCUGUUACACUUCUGAGCUACAGACUUUCUUUAUGAGAGAUGCCACCAAAGAAAAGGGCCAGAGUGACUAAAACAACAGCAAAUUCAGGCAAAGAUGAUGAAGGUGAAACAGUCGUCAGUAAGAGAAAAGCUGCAGCUUCUGCUAAGUCUGAAAAAAAUAAGAAGAGCUCAGAAUCUCCUCAGUACUGUCGCUGGCUGAUGAAGUCUGAACCCGAGAGCCGCUUUGAGAAUGGCAUCGAUGUGAAGUUUGGGAUCGAGGAUCUAAAGGCUCUGCCUGAUCAGACCGGCUGCUGGGACGGCGUCCGCAAUUAUCAGGCGCGCAAUUUCAUGAGGCAGAUGAAAAACGAGCAGUUGGCUUUCUUUUACCACAGCAACUGCAAGGAACCGGGGAUAGCAGGAAUCAUGAAAGUUGUGAAGGAAGCUUAUGUGGACCACACUCAGUUUGACAAGAAAGAUGUGCAUUUUGAUGCCACCAGUAAACCAGACAACCCCAAAUGGAGCAUGGUAGAUGUCCAGUAUCAAAGGAUGAUGAAGCGUUUUCUUCCUCUGUCUGAGCUGAAGAAGUACCACCUGCAGCAUGGGGCCAAAGGAGGGCCUCUGAAGGACAUGGCGCUUUUUACAAGAGCCAGGCUCUCUGUGCAGCCGCUCACUACUGAGGAGUUUGACUUUGUCCUGAGUUUGGAGGAUGAAGAGCCUCUGUGAGGAUUUGGACCAGAUGAUGCUUUGUGACAAUGAAAUCAUGAAGCUGUGACCUCAUUUACAGAUAUGUAGUAUGUUUUUUUUCUUGUUUAUGAACAGUAUUAAAUGUGUUUUUUGUCAAAUUAUGGCUGACAUCCACUUUUUUAACCUCCCUUUGGAUACUUUCAGUACAUACAAAUCUUUGAAUUGUAUGAUUUGAAUGCAGAACAGCACUUUAUAAACUAUAUUAUAAUGAGCCUGUAAUGUUGAUGAAGGUUGCCCUUCGCUCCCUUAGGACAGCUUUAGACCUUGUUUUAUUGCCAAUAUUCAACUCGUAAUUUGUAUUUAGCGUUAUGUGAGGCAAUUCUUCACAGUGCCCAGCGAACAUUUAAUGCAAAUGUCAUCAGAUAGAAAAUUAAUUCACAUUCUGCACUCUUCUAUAAUAAAGUCCACUUGUGUUAAGUGGUGUUUCACAUCGGCUGAUGGCCCAACUAUAACUAAAGGACAGGAUAUUAUUAUUGGUUGUGAUGAGGAAAAGUGUGGUGCAGACUGCUUAUUUGGCAAAUUAUAAUUUUUCUUGUGACUUGGGACCUGUGACCUAUACUAUUAAAGAUGUCAUCCUCGGACUAAAAUUAUUUUUAAAUGGCCCGACAAAAAAAUUCUAACUAGAGCCAAGCAGAUACUGAUUAUAAAUAGCAAAAAAAUUGCAGUUUCACCUUUUUCUAUGUGGUUUUGCGCCAAUAUGAUUAUGCAAAGGUACUCAGAAGGCUGCUUUUUUUAAAGGAUAUUAAACAUUAUAGUACGCUGUUCAUACAAUGUAUUACUUUGUCAACUACAUCACCAUCUUGAGAGGUAAUGUUCCACCUCACUGCUUGUUGGCGGACUUUUUUCAGCCAUCUGUCUGAACGAGAAAAGAACAUUUUAUUCAUCCAAUGCUCUGCUGAACAAACUACGUGAUGAUGACUUUGUUUCUUAUCACCUUAAGAAUCCUUUUCUGCUUCAUAUGUACUGUACACUUGAUUUUUAGUGAUUUAAUGUGGUGUUGAGCAGCUCUAGUGUUUCUACCAAGUCAGUACCAUUGAACUUUUGGCUUACUGAUAAUAAAACAGCUGCAGAUCUUUUUUUUUUGUCAACCAACUAAUGCCGUUUUGUGACUGAUGCAGCAGGAAUUUGGGAACCAACUACUUGACCUAUUCUACACUCUGUGGAUCCACAUACACUACCGGUCAUAAGUUUUAGAACACCCCAAUUUUUCCAGUUUUUU